CGCGUGGUGCGGAGGGGUCGCCCUCUGUGCCCGGCUGUGGGUCGGGCAGGGGCCGUGCCUGCAGGGUGCGUGCAGCGGUGGGGAUGCGGCCGUGGUGUGUGUGGCCUGCCUGCCGCCUGCAAGCUGCUCGUGGCUCGAGAAGUGCUGAAUGGAGGGGGCUGUCCUGUUCCCUUCUGCAAUGGCCAUAGUUUUUUUUUUUUUUUGUUAAGCUCAGCCUUAGCGAUAAGGCUCCAAACGCGGCUUUAGCCACAGUUUCCUAGCGAUGGAGUAGCGUGUGUGGAGAUAAACAAAUAAAACCCCUUGAGAACUGAUCAGGCUCUGUGUACUGAGUUCGUCUUUUCCUCACUUGAGCUGGAGCAGUUGCUGUGGAGACUGUCAGCUGCCUUCGUGCUUGCUCUUAUCAGGAAAGUCCUCACGAAACUGAAACGCCUGUGUUCUAACAGGGAAGGCGGAUGCUGAGCGUUGACGUUUUCCUUGGUGCAAAAGAUGUUUUAAUCUGUCUAGGUGGACUCAAAGUAACAAUAAAAAACAAAAAAAGGCAACCAGUAAUUCUCAGUCAGGUUUCAAGAUACUAAUGGCACACUCAUCCAGUGAUUCAGAUGACUUUCUUAGGAGUCGAAUAAGAAGGCGGCCACCUUUGAGGGCAUCCCUCAACAGAACUCGGAACGAUGGUGCUGAAGAAGUUACAGAGAAGAUACAUACUUUAGCAAGCACUUUACAGGAUACCAACAGAAAUCUGAGACAUGUUGACCAUUUACUAGGACAAUACAGAGAAUACAACAAGGAACAAACGGAAGCAAUAGCAACUUUAAAAGAAACGCUGGAACAGUCUAUAGGUCAGUUAAGGAGUCAAAGAUUAAACCGAAGCUCUGGAAUGAGAAGUGCUUCUCUCUCAAGCUUGUACCCUAGUGAUCUGGAUGGAGAAGCAGUUUCAGGGAACCGCCACUUCCUGCCUACUUCUCCUCUCAGGGAUUAUGGAGACUCACAGGACAGUAGACAUCGAAGAUCUAGAUCUGCAAGUGUUCGAUUCGUCAAUGAGGCAGACAAUUUGGACCAGCUGCAUUCUUUCCACCAGUCUCUUCGAGAUCUCAGUAGUGAACAAGUUCGUCUAGGAGAUGACAUCAGUCGGGAGCUUUCAAGAAGAAACCGGACUGAUGCAGAAAUGAGAAAAACUCUAGCAGAAUUGUCUGAAAAGCUUACUGAGUCCCAAAGACAAGAAACGGUGUCAGCCCGGGUAGAAAGAAGACUUCAGGAGAUAGAACAAGAAAUGCAUGCUGAAAGACAGCUUGUAGAAAGGCGCCAGGACCAACUGGGACAGAUGUCUAUUCAAUUACAAGAGGCUUUAAAGAAACGAGAUGCUAAAGCAGCUGAAACAGAAGAGCUCAUGAAAAGUAAACUCGAGAAAUAUGAAAGUGAAAAGAAACGACUUGAGCAAGAAUUGGAGCAGUCCCGGAAAAAGUUGAAUCAUUCAGAAGGCAGUAGAGAAGCUCUUUUGCAUCAGAUUGAAGAUCUUCGUUCGCAACUUUUGAGAGCAGAAGAAGAUCGUGUAGAGUUGCAACAUCAAAUUUCACGUGUUGCUAUGCACCGCCAGAGCUCCCAGGAUGUGCAAGAAGAUGAAAGGAGAAUUAGAACAGUUGCUGAAAGAUAUGAGAAAGAAAAGCAAGAACUGGAGAAAUAUAUUUUGGAGCUUAAAGCAAAGCUGAAUCAUAAUGCAGUAAUGUCAGAGGUGGAAGAGUUAAAGAAAUGCAUAGAGCGUAAGGACAAGGAGAAGGCACAGCUUGUAACACACAUAGAGGUGUUAACAUCUGACCUGGAAAACAGGGAGAAGCAACAGCAAAAAAUGCUAGACCAGCUAAAGGAAAUACAGAGUUGCUACAAGGCAUGUGAGAAUGGACGUAGGCAAACUGAACUCCAUUCGGCUGAGUUAGCUCAACAAGUUGAAGAGAGUACCAAGGAAGCAGAACGAUACCUCACUGAAUUCAGGCAUUCAGAGGCACUCAGGCUAGAGACUGAGAAAAAAAGAGAAGAUUUGAAGGUGAGAGCACAGGAAGCCAUCCGACAAUGGAAGUUGAAAUGUAAGAAACUAGAUUAUGAGGUGGAAAAACAAAAUGAAACUAUCAAUGAACUGAUGGACAAGAAUAAUCAGAUCCUCAAAGAAAAGGAUGACCUCAGAAGUCAACUUCUCUCUGCUAUACACCAAAUAGAAAACCUUCGGAAAGAGCUGAAUGAUGUACUUACAAAGAGGGCCCAGCAGGAAGAACAACUUCAUUGCAAAGAAGUAAAACUGAAUGAAAUGAAAUCGCAACAGUUGUGCCUUGAAGAAGAGAUUAAAGAAUUUCAAGGUACUGUAAAUAAAUUGGAGGAUGAAUUGAAAAAGCAAGUCUGUCUACAAAAUCAAAUGCAAGCUGAGAAGGAACACUUGGAGCAAGAACUUGCAACUAGUAACUCAAUUCAUGAAAAAGACCAGGAAAGACUCUUAGAAAUGCAAGCAGAUAUAAAAAAUCUGAGUGCCAUACGUGUGGAACUAACAAAUAGAAUAGCAGAAGAAGAGAAAGUCAAAAAAGAACUACAUAAAAGCCUCUCAGAUUUCCAGAAACAACAGGACUCUAAGCAUGAAGAGAUGACUUCAGCUAACAGGCAGUUGAAGAUGGAAAGAGAGGUUCACCAACAGGAGUUAGCAGAUCUUCGAUCAGAGUUACAGAAUGUUAAAAUCAAGCACGAACGAAACAUUCAAGAGCUCAUGAAACUCCUUAAACAAGAAAAGGAUGAUGCAGAUGCUCAGAUUAGAAUGCUAAAGAUGGAACUUGUAGAAGAGAAAAGCACAGUCAAGACUCAGUGUCGACAACUGGAGAAGAUAAAAAUUGAAUGUGAUAAAUUGACAGAAGAAUUAACCCAAAGUGAAGAAGAAAAUAUAAAACUCAGGCGAAAAUAUGAGUUUGUAAAACAAGAACUGGAGAAAAAGAAUAAACAGAUCAGUUAUGAAGAAGAUCAUUUGAGAAGAAUGGAUGAGGCCAGACUGCAGUUUAAGGAUCAGCUGCAUCAUUUAGAAAUGGAACAGAAAUCCAUUCUCACCAUGAUAGGAAGUGAAAUUGAUGCUGCUUGUGAAAUUUUUUCUCGGGACUCCAUGGAGAAAUUCAAAGCAAUAUCACUUAUACCAACGGUGCUGAAUGAUCCUCAUCGCUGGUUUGCAGAAACAAAGACUAAACUUCAGUGGCUGUGUGAGGAGGUGAAGGAGAGAGAAAGUAAGGAAAAAAAGCUGCGAUGCUACUUAUUGCAGAGCCGCGAACAGCUUAAGCACUUUACACAGAUGAAGGAGUCUGAACAUCAGUCUCUCUUUAAACAGAUAAAAAAGCAAGAACAACUUUUGGAAGAAGUUCACAGAGAGAAGAGAGAGCUAUUAGAGAAGACACUCAGAAGAGAGGAAGAAAUGGGAGCUCUCCAGGAGCGAAUUAUGUCCUUAGAAAUGAGUACUCGAGUUGCUUUAGACCAUCUGGAGUCUGUUCCUGAGAAACUAAGCCUGUUAGAAGAUUUCAAAGAUACUGGAGAGUCUCACUGCCGAAGGGAAAAGAUUGAGGAAAGGUAUACAAAGUAUAAAGAAAUUGUGAGUUCUCUGCAGCAGCAGCUGGAAGAUUCAAAACAAAGAAUCCAACAAUUCAAGGAUGUCAAAAUGGAUGCUGACAUUUCUGAUAUACAAGUCGCUGCUCCCUCUUCUAGUUGGCGAACUCAAAACAGUUUUUUGUCCACCUCACUGCUCUCAGAAUCAGGUUCACAUUUGAAAAGAAUGGUUCCUUUUGAUACAAGUGCCACCAAGGAAGAUUCCAUUAAUGUUGCUGUCAAUGAAAUGAAGCUGCAAGCAGAAAGAGGGAAGCAGUAGAACAUUGUACAAAAAUGCAAAAGCUUUCUCUGUGGUAAAUUCCAUCCCACUUUCACUCUUUUUGAGCAGUAGUAAUUUCAUCUGCUGUAGGAGGAUAUACCCUUAAUGACUGAGCAAUUGCCAAACCAUUAAGUGGAAGAGCCCCAAGAACAAGUCUAAUGGGCUCCUGUUAUAAUUUAUGUAACUUGUGCACCAAAGUUUUUUGGGGACUAUGGUAUCCUCUUGCAUUUGUUUCUGCAGUCCUAAACUGAUUUUAUUGUAUCCCUUAAAUAUUAAGAAAUGAAAGAACUGUGAUGUUAAUCUUUGCUAUGAGCGUAUUUACCCCUACACAGGAAUAGUGUGGAUAUUUGUUUUUGAUAAGAUUUAAUAACACUAUUAAUAAUCAAAAAAAAUAUUCAGAAAUUACUUUGUCUUGAUAUUUAUUAAAAGAGUCAUUAUGCACUGUUGUAUAGACACAUUUAUGAUUUCAGGUUCUUCAAUUUUCAACAAUCAUUUAAGGAAAAAGCAAUAAAUAUUGAACAAAAAGAAAUUUCCUCAAAAUCAGUGGAACUUGAUAUGAUGAUUUCAGGUUCAGCAUAUGUCACUUGUGUCACUCUUUAGUGCUAUUCUUCUGAUCAGAAUAGAUUUGGCAAAUCUGACCUUGUGGAGCCUAUGGUGAGGCAUUUAACAGCACCAGCAUUUCACCCAUCUGUAUGAAGCACAUUGAAGGGCACUGCCAUGUGGCUGUGAAAAUUUUAAUAACAAUGUUUAACGAUCACUUAUUUAUUCUGUUUUCUACUCUAUUAGAAGAGACAUCAUACUGAAUUUAAAAUGUCAUGAAAAUACGAUACUGUACCAUUGCAUUCAUUUGGAUGUCUCUAUUUUAAACAGAUAAGGUACAAUUCUGCAUUACUGUGAUCUCAAACAGCACAUUGCAGCAGAAUCUUUUGCUGUCAGAAGAAAUGCUAGUGUUUCUGAUGGUCCUGGUUUUAUUACCCUUCCUCAGUGCUUCUGGUUGAAUCACUACUGAUGUGCCUUAAAAAUCCCUGCCAAAUCUAUCAGAGUACUGUAGCGACAUGAACACCAUUACAACAAUUCUGGUUUGUAUGCUUUUUCAUACUUAAGAAGUGUUUCUCUGAAACAGUAUAUUUUUUAGCACUGUAGAUGCUCAGGUCAUUAUGUGCCACCUGAAAAUAGGAUCUUUUUAUCUUUUUAAGUUUCUGAAGUCCCACUUGACAGACAGAAUGUAUAUGUAUUCAGCCUGUUUCAAACAGAACUUCUUGCUGGGAACACUAAAAUUGGACAAGAAAAUUUUGAAGUAAUUUUGCUUUUUUUUUUUUCUAUACAACUUUUUUUUUUCUAUCAUAGUUUAAAACAUUUUUUUUACCUUCUGUAUGUGUAUAAUGCUAUGCAUUGUAGUGCUGGCAUUGGCUUUUUGCAGACUUCUGGCACAUCUGUUAAUUCAGAAGGUCAGGAAAGCAAAACAGGCACAUCCAUCUUUUCUGAUCUCAACAGCAAUGACAAGGCCAGGACAAAAAUAAAAACAAAUAAUCUAUUUUGGAGAAGGCAAGACAAACAGAAACCUGUUUGUGUCAUGGUCAACAAAGAGUGUGGAAGUCAUGAAGCAGUGCUUAGCUCAGGCCACAGUUACCAUAAACUAAACUUACUUUAAGUGUAUCCAACAUUUGUAAUUUAUUCUUUUUUUUUUAAUUAGAUCAGAGCACAGGUGGAAAUAGAGUGUUUAAAAUAUUUUAACUGGUUUGGUGAAAUAUUAGAAAAUUGCAAAAUAAAAUGUCACCAGCUUGCAGACUUUAUGGCACCUAAAAAUAUGGCUAAAAAUAUAGAAAGGUAAUAUUAAAAUAUACUAUACAACAGUAAAUCAUGCUCUCAAAUUACAUCAUGUUCAAAUGAGUCUGAUGCAUGGAUUGCUGAUGAAUUAAGUGUAUGCCCAACCCACUUUACUGAAGCUGAAAUAGAUUUUGAACUAAAGCACCUGUUGGUAAAUGAAUGGUGGUCUAAGAGUCUCAGAUGAGAAGCAAUAUGAAAAAUAUCAUCCUCUCUUUUCCUUAAGUAAUUUGUAAAAAAUCUGGAUAUUCAUUGCUCUUACCAUUUUAUGUAUUUAUACAUUCUUUCCUCACUUGUAACUCAGAAAUCUGAAUUUUUUUCUUAAAACUACUAAUAUCACUACUACUUUGUAGCAUUUGACAACUACGGAUAAGCAUUCUGCACUCCCUCACUACUGCAUAAAGUAUUAAACCAUUUUUUAACAAGGCAGGACAGAAAUGACUGCUAGGUGAAUAAAUUCAGUAUGUUCAGUGCUUAGUAUAUUUGCCUGUGGCUGUGUGACUGGGUUUACAGUAGAGUUUUCUUUCCUUUUUAAAAUUUUCUAAAAGGAAUAGAAGGGAAGAAACCAAACCACACAAACACACAGGCACAUACGCACACACACAAAAAGAGGAAUUUUUAAUGAGGAAGCUUAUAGUUUCCAAAGCCAGGAAAUUGUUUCUUAAAUUUAUCCUCUUGGCCUGGCAAUCCAGAUAUCAUGUAAUAUUUGCCUCUCUUCCACCUUUGAUAGAGGUUCAUAUUAUGAAGGAAUUUUGUUUCCUUUUUACUGAAGGCUAAAGUUCCAUUCAUGACAUUAUAUGAAACUGUCCCUUUGUGGUUUAAGAAAUAAUAUUUUUUCCAUAUUGGGCUGAAAUAAUAUUCCUCUGACCAGUUGCAGUUUUUUAAAGUAGAAAACCAGAUCAUUUUUGUAUAAAGCAUAUAGUAUAUUUCAUAUCUUAAAAAAUUAUUGUCCUUUCUGGUUAUCAGAAUUGAUGUUAACCUGUUCCUUUGUUUUUGCCUAAAACAGUAAUUUUCAAUAAUGAAAACAUGGGGUAACCCCAACUAAAUUGGUGUUUGAUUUUUAUUCCAGUCAGUAUUUAGUAAAUGAUGUAACUUUGUAUAUAUGUACUAAUUAAUGGAUAUGACAAGCUAAUAGAAGGCAUCUAUGUUUUUAAUGCUGUCCUGGAAUACAGUGGUUCAAUAUAAGGCUUUCAGAAAUGCAUCAAAUAAUUAUCACUACAGUAAACUUUACAUUUUGUAAUGUCUUUCAGUUUUUUAAUGAUGUACAGCAGACUUAAAAGUGCUUAUUUUUAAGUACUUUUGAGAAGAUAAUUGCUAAAUAUUUAAAAGAAUUUAUUUUUAUUAUGUAAUUGUUAUCCUAAGAAAAAACUUCAAAAUAAAAGUAGAAGGAGGCAGUGUUUGUCCCUUGUGGAGUGAAGUGGAGCAGGACUAAAUUAUGAUAUAAAACAAAGCAUUUUUCUUACAUGUCUCAAAAUUUUCAGAGAAGCCAACGUUCAGUGAUGGUGAAAGUACUCCUUAAAUAAUUAGACCUCAGCCACAUUACUAGUCCUGUUUCAGCUAUCUCACCAAUAUCAAUAAAGAAGAUAAAAUUCCUUAGAACAAAGGAAAUACUAUUCUUAUAUUUUCUAAAGUCCAUUUGUUUGAGCUAAGGAAUUUGCAUAUCAGUUCAUCUCUGGCUUACAAGGCAUGGCAUCUACACUGUAUAGCACCGAAUGGACUUUUCAUGAAUAAAAAUGCUAUUACAGUAAAGAACUGUGUAUUUUUGUAAUACAGAUACCAUUUUUAUUGCUGCAAAUCUGUAGUUUAAGACCUGAAUACAUUCUCAUACCUAUAAUAUUCAGAAUUCAUUCAUUCUUAGACUUCUGUAGACUACAUGUUACACUGAAAUUUUACCAUGGUUCUCUAAAACUGCAUUACUAACAAAUUUAUAUGUCUUUAAGCCCUACCCCACAGAAGUAAUUGAUACUGAAGUUAGUGAGAGCUGCAGGUCAGUAUCUGGGGUUGCAUAUAGAGAAAACCUAGUAAUACAAGGAAUGGGAAGCAGCUUAUGAUUUAAAUUUCAGAACACUUUUGUUCUUGGUGUUUUAAUUUAAGAACUGCUUUAGCACUGGUAUCUGCAUCUAUAUAAAAGCAAUCUUUAAGUAAGAUCCCAUCUCGGAUGAAUUAUUUUCUUUACAUAUCAAAAUAUUUUCCACUCUAGCUCAACUCAUGUCAACCUCUUACUGUAAGCAUUAGGAGCUGUUAGGAGUUUUAUUUCUUUACUAUGUAAAGAACUAAAUUAGAUUUUAAAUCUGAAAAACAUAUUAGUAGUGUAUACAGAAGUACAGCAGGGCAGAAUCUGAUAACCUUGGUCUUUCAAAAAUCUGAACAUAAUGCCUCUGGGAAUGUUGACAACAAAAAUGAAAGAGGUUACUGUGGUUAAAAUAAAGCAACUUCCAGCAUUUAUCAUUUGUACUAACAACAAUAGCAGUCGUGUUUCCAAAGCUGAAGUUGCAAAUCUGCCAUUACUUAGCCUGUAGGAAUGAGCCUUUUUUUUCUUGCCAUAAUAGUGGUAAAAUCUGAAAUAUCAUAUGCCUUCAGAAAAUAUGCAGUGACAUAUUUUUAAAUUUUUCAUCAUUUUAUUUAAGCAUCUGUGUGGUACUAUUUCAAACUAAAUAAUCUUGGAACCUGAUUAUAACAUGCUUUCAUUAAAAUAUUAUAUUUAAGUACAGAAACUGUAUAAAUAAACCUCUAUUAAGAUUAAUUCUGCUAUCUUUAUUUAGGCAAAUGGCUCCUUAGUUGGUGUUUUGCUUGAAUAAGUACAGGAAUUUUUCCUUUGUUUUAUUUUUAUAUGUUGUCAGACCAGAAUUAUUUUUAUCUUGGACUGUUUUUCUCGUCUGUCAUCUACAUGUCAGAAUACAUAUCAUAAUUUCUGCACUUACUCCACAUUAACAGUUUGGUAGUUCAUAUGCUCAGGGAAUUACAGUAAUUAUGAAGGCACUUGUUGUCUAUAACAUCUUUUUUCCUGUAAAUUCUGCCACUCUUACUUGUUUGCCAGAAUAAAGCUUACUUGGUAAACUAUUAUCAGAUCACAAGUCUAAUUUUAGAGUUUAUCCCACGGGCAAAAGCAAAUUUGUCUUACUAGGUUUGUUGAGAUUUUUCUAAAUGUUAUCAUUCAUUUUACUAUCAGUCUGUAGUGGAAAAUAGCGGAAGAUAAACAUUACUGUGGUAAUCCUGAAAUAUUAUUAAUUCCAGGCAGAAAAAAAAGGCCUAAAAAGGCCUACAGACUAGUGCAGAUCUGCCUAAGUACAGUGUAGAACCACAAACUCUCAUAUUACAAAGAAUUUUUCUUCAGUAUGUCAGUAUUAUUACUGACCCUCAGUACCCUCAGUAGAAACAGUUGCUGAUAUCUAAAAUAUUUUUGAGAAGCAAUACUAAAGUUUGCUAAAGGAGAUCACACAGUAUCAUUCUGCAAAUGUGGAUUUCUGUGUCACGCACAUUGUUAAGUAAGCAUUAAACUGGGAAGUCAGCCUAAUUUAUGUACUGGCAUUAGGCUAUUCACAGAAACCACCAGUGACCCAGUUUUGGACUUACUGUGGAAAAUGAUGAAGAUGAGCUGUGUUUUACUGUUGGCCAAGAGAACAGUUUGCAUCUGUGGAAUAACCUAUUUUGUAUAUGCAGCUAAGUGAGUGCACCAUUUUUAGCGAGGCCUUCGCAGCCAGGUCCAGCACUGACAACACAAUCUCAUCCAAACAGCUGCAACCAUGAAGACAUCGUGUAGCUGGCAGAAUUUUUGUUGUAUGUUUUGACUAAGAGAAUGUCAGUAAAUCCAUCAGAAACCAUGGAGUUGUUUGUUUUGUCUUCACCAGAGAGGUCUCUGGUGAAGUCAUAAAGCUAAAAACCGCAGAAUCCAUAGUGUGAGAUGCAUCAGUAGGCUCUCCAGCCAUGGAAUUUGGAUCUGUUAGCAUGCUGUCCACUGUAUGAUUAGAGAUCCGUAUGUUAAUGAAGCACUGAUCAGAAAAGUUGGUUUUUUUUUUUUUUUUUUUGAGUGGAUUUUUCUUGUAAAAUAAAAAUAUCUUUGUGAAAGCAGGAAAUAAUGUCUCAGUCAAGAAACACUUUGUUUUUCCAGAAUGCAAGUACUUUCUUAAAUUGUAGUUACUGCCUUUUAUAGACUACCUUUCUAGCCCCUGAAUAUAUUACUCAACAGGCAUCAGUCCCAUCUCAUAUCAUCUUUUACUGUAAGAGACUCACAUUGUCUUAGACUUGAUUAUACUUUGUGCAAUUCUCUUAUAUGCAGUGCACUGGAAAAAAGUGACAAAUAGGCAUUUAGACAGUAGGUAAUGUAAGAGCGUUCAUGCUGUGUAACACUGUUUUUGAAGGUGAUUCACUUUUGAAGCUGAAAUUUAUAAAUUUGCUUAUUAGCAAAUGCUUUUUUUUUGGUAUUGUUUGUUUGUUUUCCCCUGGGAGUAUGUGAGGAAAAAAAAAAAAGUCAUUUUGGGGUUCUGGAAUAUUUUAUCAUUUUAUGCUGCCAGUUCCUGUUUAGUUUAGAGAUGAAUAAAAAAGCAGCUAAUCCCAAUACCACAUAACAAGCUCUCCUAAUUAAGUUAAUUUUGAGUAAUUUUCAUUCAGAUCUUUUGUUUUUAUUUAAUUCAAAUUAAACAAUGCUUUUCACAUUUAGUAUUCUAAAAGUGAAACAAAAUGAAUCUUGUGAUUUGGCAUUUCAGCUGGGAAAUUCUUAAGCUCAGGUUGCCCAGGCAUCCAACACAUGUGACAGUGGACAUGUUACAUUGCAUUUCCUAGUCCACACAUCCUAGUGUUGCUGCUGCAGUAUGUUGUAAAGUGACUGCACAACAUCUUGGAAUUCCACUGAGUUAGAUGUGUGCAGGAUGCUCUGUACUGGUAUAAUGUCAGAAAGGUCAGAUACCUCUAAACCUCCUAUCUGUUAAUGUAAUGGAAAUAGGCCUAAUGGAAUGAAAUUCCUUGGCAAACAAUUAUUUCCUGACAUAAAGUCCCUGAAAGACUUUUGCUAGUAGUUCAGCAAGGAGUCUAGCUCCUGAUUUAAUAAAAAAAACGGCUACCUGACCACAUUCCUAUAUACAUUCAACUCUCAGCAGAGUAUUAGGAACAUCUGUGUGAAAAAAUGUGUGUCUGUCUUUUCUUUGUUAAAUAUACAUCCUAUUUAUUCUGUCUCAUAGAUUUGUUUCUGUGUGUCUGUAGAAACAUACGGUUAUUUUUCAUCCCUCAAAAAUAUAAUAGAAAGGCAGCUUAGUGAAUCUGACAUUGCUGAAGUAACCAGUUUCUUCCAUAUUUGAUUUCCAAAGUGUAAAGGUGUGUUGAGACUUGCAAUAGCUGUGUAGACAUCAAGUAUAGUCCUGUUCACAUAAUUAUAUAUCUUAUAGUCAUAGACAUGCGUAAACAUUUAUGAUCAUACACUGUAAAACUUUAUUGGCCUAAAAGAAAACUAAUCCUUUGUGCAUCGAAAUCCAGAUCUCAUUGAAGUUAGCAGAGGCCUUCUUGCUAAUAUCACUGGAGUUAGCAUUUCAUGAUGAGCUUGAAGAAAGAAGGAAAAAUAUUCUCAACCUAUAUUUCACUGCAUUUUGGAGGUCUCCAAGUCCACUAUAUGUGUUGGUCCAGUGAGCAAACAAAUACAUACUAAAAAAAUCCAUCUUAUGAAAAUAUCUUCUUAGCAGACUGUAAGUAUUUGGAAUAAUUACACACUAUCGCUUUUCUUUAAAUAAGAAUUUUUCUCAAAAAAAAAAUAAAAUCUCAGAAAUAAGAUUUGGGGUUCAAUUGGGCUCUUGUACUAAAGUACUAUUAUUUUUCAAGAAGACUAAAAAUAAAUUAUAUAAUGAAAACCACUGUACUUCUAAAUGGCUUUAAUAUAAAAUUAUGAAAUUUGAGAAAUUCAGAAAAAUGUUUGUUGUUAAUGUGGGAUACCACAGCUUUUUCAAAAUAAUAAUUAAACCUUAAAGGAGGGAUAGUUCAUCUCUUUAAGAUGUAUCAGCUAUAUUUCACAACACUCACCGCUACGUGUUUUGUUUCACAUCAGGUUUUCAACAAAAAACAGUACUUCAAAAAAUACCUAAAGUUAAAAUUUUCAUAUUUGUAGGCAGAAACUAAUUAUAUCUUACAUCUAAAGAGCAACUUUAUUGCUAGACCUUCAUUUAUUUAUUUUGAAAAAUGAGACUUCUGAAAUAAAAACAAUUUUGUCUAUUUUUCAGAUAUUCUCUAACUUUUGCAGCAAGUCUUUCAACAUUUGGCUAUAUGAUAGCUGUGAUACCAGGUUGCUUUCCAAGAUGUUUUCAUUUUUUUAUUUUUAUUUUUUUCCAUUAGCUACCAUCUUUUAGGAUGGAAAAAAAAUCAUCUCAGCUGUGCUAAGAACUACAUAAAGAAUAAAACUACUGCUUGGCUAUUAUUUUUGUGAAUUGCAUGGAUGCAUGUACAACUAAAUCUACAAUUCACAUUUUCAGAACACCUCUCAUGUAUUUAGGAACAAAUCAUUGCGGAAGUAUAAAAGGAGAAUUUUCUUGCUAUGUUAUUCUUAAGCAUGGGUCCUUGUCAGCCUGUGAAGUUUGCAGUGCUUGGUUACAUGCAUGAGGUCUGACUCAUGUCACAUCAGCGUACCAGUUUUAUUGUUGUAUGGCUGCACUAACAGUAUGCCUAUGCCUAAUUUAUAUCAACAUGCAGCGAGAAUCAAAUCUCACUUUAAAUCAAGUACCAGGCAGAAUACUAAGUGGUGAGAUCAUGUGGAUUACAUUUCAAAGUAUAAGAAAGCCUUAUAUUGUGCUUUGAGUAUGCUGCUGUAAAUUGAUGGCUUGACAUAAGAUCUGCAGGUAUGUUUAUGUAUAAGUUUGGUUAUGGCUCUACCAAGAAAGUUCAUAUGUUAAUUUAACAUCAACAUUUGUACCUACUUUUCUGAAUGUAAAAUGUUAGCCAAUGAGAUAAUAACAAAAAUAUCAAUCUUUAUUACUAUUUGCUGACUUGGACUUACACCAAGCUGUUUCUGAAAGCAAGAUCACAAAUGUUUAUUGCAUCUCAGGAGACUGUUAGUGCCUUUGCAGGUUCAAAGUUGCUAGCUUUGCUCAUAAUUUAAGUGUAACAUGAAAUGUCAUUUUUGUAAGCUAACAAAAUAAAUUAUUUUUCCAAGCAGCA